AUUGAUUUCAAAAAUAUUCAAAACUAAACACAAAGCUAAGGUGACCAGACCAGACCAAACAAGAUGAUGACCAGAACUCCUCUUCUACAACCCAUCAUCCUACCUUUCCUACUCCUCAUCAUCCAAAUUCGCUCCUCCGAAUCCGGCGACGAAGUUGCAGUCUAUUGGGGCCAGAACAGGAACGAAGGCAGUCUCACAGAAACAUGUGCAACAAGAAAAUACACUCUCGUGCUGAUUUCCUUUCUUUCGAGCUUUGGGGAUGGCCAAACCCCGACACUCAACCUCGCGAGCCAUUGUGACCCUUCUUCUUCAUCUGGGUGCAAAUCCAUUGGGACAGAGAUCAAGUAUUGCCAACAGCAAGGGAUCAAAAUCAUGCUCUCUCUGGGAGGAGCUGCUGGGAAUUACUCCCUGUCUUCCCCGAAAGAUGCUCAAAAUUUUGCUGAUUACUUAUGGAACACUUUCUUUGGCGGCGGAGGCUUUCAAGACGUCAUUUUGGAUGGUAUAGAUUUCGACAUAGAGGUUCCUACACCAUACUUGGACCAUCUCGCGCGUUCCCUCAAGUCGCAUAGCCGAAAACUUUACUUAUCUGCGGCACCUCAGUGCCCAUUUCCCGAUGCUCAUCUUAGUGAUGCCCUUAACACCAACCUUUUUAACUAUGUCUGGGUACAGUUCUUCAACAACCCCAGCUGCGAGUAUUCGCAAGGUGAGACUGAUAGAUUUUUCACUGCAUGGAACCAGUGGGCUGCCUCAUUCAACCGUUCGAAAAUAUUCCUGGGUUUGCCAGCAUCUCCUGAUGCGUCUGGCAGUGGCUAUGUUCCUGUUGAUCUGUUAGUUUCUAAGGUGCUUCCCACAGUAAAGAAGUCACCUAACUAUGGAGGUGUAAUGCUGUGGUCAAGAUACUAUGACAGGUUGAGUGGGUACAGUACCAAUAUUCGAAUUACUCCUCUUUGCACGCCUCUUCAAAGUGCUCCCACAUGCAGGAGCAAGGAUAAGAAUGGCUUUGAAGAGCGUUUCGGUCACAUGUCAUCUGAUAGUGUUAAGGUUUAUGAAACAGAGAAUCUUGGAGGGCAGUGUUGUGAGACCAUAUGCUGGAACAACUGUUCUUGUCAGGCACAUGCACCAGUGAAUCAGGCCAACAAUAGUGGGUGCCAGAUAUGGCUUAAAGGAAGCAGGUUCAUUGAAGAUGCUGCAGGGUCAAAGGUGUUUGUUGUUAGGCACAAAGCGGGAGCAAGCUUAGCAUUACCUCUGAUAUGUUACUUAUGCUAUGUGUCAUUGAGAAAAUAUAAAGCAGCUGUGGACAGGAAAAUGAAGCAGAAGAAGAUAUUACACGAUAUUGGAGGCAACGCCAUGAUUUUCAUGGCUUAUGGCAGAACCAAAAGGAACAAAAAACAAGGGAAGGAAAGAAAUGAGGUGGAAAUAUUCUGUUUUGAGAGCAUUGUGGCUGCCACAAACAAUUUCUCAGAUGCUAACAGGCUAGGAGAGGGCGGUUUUGGGCCUGUAUAUAAGGGGACGCUAGCCGAUGGGCAGGAAGUAGCAAUAAAACGGCUUUCUAAAAGUUCUGGACAAGGGCUUACCGAAUUCAAAAAUGAAGCUAAGCUUAUGGCUAAACUGCAGCAUACAAAUCUUGUGAGGCUUUUGGGGUUCUGCAUUGAAAGAGACGAAAGAACAUUAGUUUAUGAGUACAUGCCAAACAAAAGCCUCGAUUUCUACCUGUUUGAUGCAAGCAGACGAAAUGUACUGAAUUGGGAAAAACAAUUUAACAUCAUUGAUGGAAUUACUCAAGGACUUCUUUAUCUACACAAAUAUUCAAGGCUAAAAGUGAUACAUCGUGACUUGAAGGCAAGCAACAUAUUACUAGACGAAGAAAUGAACCCUAAAAUAUCUGAUUUUGGCAUGGCUCGGAUAUUUGGAUUGAGAGAAUCCGAAGAAAACACAAAUAGAGUAGUUGGUACACGUGGUUACAUGGCUCCAGAGUAUGCAAUUAACGGCGCUGUUUCGACCAAAACAGACAUAUUUAGCUUCGGUGUGUUGCUAAUAGAGAUCCUUACUCGCAAAAAGAACAAUGGUCAGUUUGAUCUAGAUCGUCCUCUUAAUCUGAUAGGAUAUGCAUGGCAACUGUGGAGAGAAGGCAGAGCUUUGGAGCUAAUCGACGCGGAACUAGUUGAACAAAGUGUGCAGAACAAAUUUCAGAGAAGCAUUCAAAUAGGGCUCUUGUGUGUACAAGAUCAAGCAAGAGCCAGGCCUUCCAUGUUAGAUGUGAUUUCGUUUCUAUCGAACGAUUCAAUACAACUUGCUAAACCGAAAAGGCCAGCAUUCUUCGUAGGAGGCGAGGUUGCAGAAGAAUCAGAGUUGCAGCAUAACAACAUCGGGCAAUUAGAGCAUUAUUCCACAAAUUAUGUCACAAUUUCAAAUCUAGAGGCAAGAUGAAAGCCAGCCUCAUUGGCAUCUCAAUGUUUUUGAGAAUUUCGAAGCAAUAACUCCAUAGCAUAUUAGGGUGCUACACAAAACCACUUUAUUAUGCAGGGAAUCAGAGAUCUGUGAGUAUUAUGGUGUGUGUCUAUGAGACUGUGACAUUUGACGAGCUCAGAGUAAUGAAAUACUAAACGGAAAUGUCAAAUUCCUAACCUGUUCAUUGGUUGCUUGAAGCCUGCCGUUGUGGCUGGCUCUCCGAUUGAUUUGCAGGAAACAAUUGUUUGUUCAGGCUCAUGAAGACGAAGUAUUUUUAAAGCACCCACUGUACCAAUUAUUUGCCUCAGAAUUAUCAUAUAAAUCAUCAACCAAUAAAACUGUACUUCCUUC